ACUACACAGAGGGCGGGGCGUAACGUCCCGGAAACAAUUUUUCAUUGGUCGACUGAGAUGCCGCUACCCUUUCGAGUUAUUGGUCGCUUGGCUCAGGUAAUUCUCUGCUAAGGAAGUGAUUUCAUUAGGGUAAACAUUGUGUCGCGUCCGUCGAUCAACGGGGUGUUGCAUUAGCAAUCAGAUAGUUACAAUGAUCUAAACUAGAUUUCAAUAUUAGACAUUUUUCUAACGGUUGAACUACUAAAUAUCUUCGUCAGAGCGCCCGUGACGCGAGAAGCUGAGCGUCGUCUGCGUGACGGUUGAGUAAGUUAGCGCGUGAGGAGGAAUGUCAACCGUAUUAGCUUAGCUUUCUGACUUCAGUGUCAUGGCGACUCAUAUUUUGCAAGACUGUAAACGUUAUCAUGUCAUGAAAAUAUAAUGAAUUCGUCGGUAUAUUCCCUGAAUUGGAUAUUUUGGGGCAAACGUGUGCAUUGAGCGGCACAUAGUGCUUUGUUGACCUCUGUUGCGGAGCUAACUUAUUUUGGUAACGUUAGCUCUGCGUCCUGUAAAUGGUAUUGACAUUUAAGUUACCUUACAAAAACAUCAGAAGUCGUUUUUAAAAGACUUUAUACUUAUGACGGUAUCACCAGCAGAUGUCGUGGAAGUUCACAGCUGAUAAACAGAAAGCAAAAUCGUAAAAAAGCUUUCGUUUCUAAGACUGGGCUUGGUUUUAGGUUAACUGUUAGCAAUCAGAAGUCGCAGUCUGUGUAAUAAACAGUGUCGAAUAGUACUUUCGAUUACAUUUUUUACAAUGAAAAACUGUGAGUAUCAACAAAUAGACCCCCGAGCACUAACAGCAUCUACCACCCGGACCCCCACCCCGUCCUGCGGGAGGAAAAGCUCCCACCGCCUUCGGAGGAAAUGGGAAGUUUUUCCUGGAAAAAAUCGCUUUUAUUGUGAUGGACGUAUUAUGUUAUCUAGACAAUGUGGUGUUCUCCCUAUGACCAUCUGCCUUAUUUUCAUCACCAGUGGCUUAUUUUUUACGUUUGAUUGCCCAUUUCUGGUGGAGCACCUUACCAUCUUCAUUCCAGUGAUUGCUGGGGUGUUAUUUGUGUUCGUGGUCGUCACCCUCCUUCAAACCAGUUUCACAGAUCCAGGGAUAUUACCAAGGGCUUUGCCAGAUGAGGCUGCAGACAUUGAGAAACAAAUUGAUAAUUCUGGGUCCUCAACAUAUCGUCCACCUCCUCGCACUAAAGAGAUUCUUAUAAAUGACCAGGUGGUCAAACUCAAGUACUGUUUCACCUGCAAGAUGUUCCGUCCACCCCGGACAUCCCAUUGCAGCCUGUGUGACAACUGUGUGGAGCGGUUUGACCACCACUGUCCUUGGGUGGGGAACUGCGUCGGGAAACGCAACUAUCGCUUUUUUUACACCUUCAUAGUGUCACUGUCCUUUCUGACCUCCUUCAUUUUUGGCUGUGUGAUUACUCACCUCACUUUGCGAUCACAACGUGUGAACGGCAUCAUCCAGGCAGUACAGGAGACUCCAGCCAGUAUUGCGGAGCUGGUCAUUUGCUUCUUCUCCAUCUGGUCCAUUCUGGGUCUGUCAGGAUUCCAUACUUACCUGGUGGCCUCUAAUCUCACGACUAACGAAGAUAUCAAAGGCUCUUGGUCCAGUAAAAGAGGGGAAGAAUCAGGGAAUCCCUACAGCUAUAACAACAUCUUCACUAACUGCUGUAUGGUGCUGUGUGGGCCCGUGCCUCCCAGCUUGAUCGACAGACGAGGCUUUUUGCCUUCCGAUGACGCACCUGGAACAGUCACCUCUGAUGCUGAUCUGCCUUCUUUCAUGGCCAAAAAUGACCCAAACAUGUGCACACAAGGCACAAAGGAGUUUUUAGAAUCCGUGGCGCAUUCCACAGUGAUCCAGAGCACCUGUGCUCCGGGCGCGCCCAAGACCACCCCGGUGACCCAAGAAGGUGUACUCGGUACCAUCACUGUUUCUUCCCCCAGCAGGCCUCCCCCUACCGGCUGCACUGCCUGCCAGGCCCAACGCCCAAUAAACACAUCCUGCUCUCAGAGAGGGAGCAAACAGGCUGAUCUUCACACCCACAAUCCCACCAUACGUCUACCCAGUCCUCCGUACACCUUUAACCACAGAACACUUGUACUAAGUGACGCUCCUGACGUGGGUUUUAUUCCACUGCACUGAGCGCUAUGUAUCUGCCACCAGCAGCCUUGUGCAAAUAUUCUCUUCUCGGUUUCUUACCACUGAGAACAGCGUCACACUGUUUGAGGAAUUGUCAACCGUUAAUACUCAGGAGUCUCUCAGGAAAUACGCCAUCAAUCGACAGAUGAGAAUGGGUCUUUCAGGAGAUGCUUUGUUUUCAGUCAUUUUGCACAAAAUUGUCACCGGAUGAACAGUGUUUUUCAGAACCCUGAGCCAUUUUCAGCCUUUUGCCAUAUUGCUUAGACUGAAUGCAAUAAUAAUAUGCUUUGAAGGGUUACCUUUUUUCUAAGAAAAGCCUUGCGUCUUAGUCACAAGGCAUGCUGUGCUUGUGUUCAUUUUGUAUGGCGUUAAAGCCCUUCUACAAUAUUCAUUGGUUUAAAAGUAUUUAUACCAACAGGCAAAUAGAUAGAAGAGCUUUUUUGAUGGUGUAUUGGAGAGUUCGCUGUUAAAGUGUUAGAUUUCAUUUAUAUACGGUGUACGCGGUAUGCUGUUACUGUUUUUCAGGGGUUUUAACCUCCCGUAUAAUGUUAGGGCUUAUUGUGUUACAGUGUAUUAACUGCUUAGUAUUUCUCUUUGUGUCAUAGUGUAGAAUUUUUAACCAUUUCAGUUUUGUUUGGGCAUACAACCAAACGUAUGCACCUCUGACUUCAAUUGAAAGGGACAUUUCAUCAGAAAAUGAACAUUUUAUGUCAUUUACUCAUUCACGUUUUGACUUUAACCCUGUGGCACACAUGAGAAGAUAUGAGGUUGGUCCCCAAAAUUCUGCCCAAUAUCUCCUUUGGUGUUCUAGAAAUGAUUUGUAAUAACAUGAAUAAAUUAUAUCAUAUCCAUUAUCUGUGCCGAUUACAAUACUGUACAGAGCAGCACAGACCACAAAACUUGUGUGACUGAUUGGAAUUUUACUGUGAUUUUUCUACGUUAAAGUGCUGUAAAGAUGUAUUAAAUAUCAAAUACAACAAGGGCGCAAUGACAGUAGAAAAACGUGUGCUAUUACUGUUGUAACGUUGACUCUUAACUGAUAUAUUUGAGCAAAAAUGGUUUGUUUACUACAUUCAUGCACUUAAAUGAUGGCUCUUUCUUCCCAUAGCAGAUUAUUACAUCUAUGGCAGUUGCGUUCAUGGUUUCUUUUUAAAGGGCUUCAAAGUGUAGAUUUCCAUCACAAAGUUUUCACUUUUCCUUCAAUCUGCUCAAGUACAAUCUGUUCGGGUGUAACGCUUUCUUAUUGUACUCCUUGUUUGCAUUCUGAUAUUCCAAGAGAUUACUUAAAUCAUAAAGAACCAGAUGAAAGGAAAGUGAUAUCUGUUGAUAGUUAAGAACAAACAUUUUUAUUAAAAGCACAGUCCCAACUCAAGUACUCACGAGUACAAUUAAACUAGCCAUGUGUGGAUUGGACAUUAGGUUCAUUUAAAAUCCAUUAGCAAUUUAAAGUAGAAAAUUGUAAUGUCUAGAUGAUGAUAAUCCCGAAAUAAAAUGUAAUUAUUAAUUAAUUGCAAAAACAUAGUCGACCAAUGUAUGUGGAUGAUUGUGUACAUAAAUUUCACUGUUUUUGGCCUCUGUAGUAUUUCUUGUCUUUAUAUUGGUGGGUUAAAGACGUGAUUGUUAUUAUUAAAGUUUUGUUUCUAAGAUUGAGAGCAGAGCUAUUGUAACUGAAACCUUUUGCCUUCAGAUUAAUGGAUAACCGGUGCAAUAUGGAUUAUUUCCAUUAGAAUUACGAGAGCCAUCGAGAGUCUGGCACAGUGCAUUUGAUGGCUAUGUGUUCAAAACUAGACCUUAAAUAGAAUAGAUUAUCACUGCCAGACGUGUCGGAGGGAAGAUACAAUUAUUUUUACAUUUUGACUUACAUGUUGUAUUUUUGUCCUUUAUUCCAUCUCAAGGGUGUAAGUGAAAGUAUGUGAGGAUGAGGAAAUAAACAAAUGUCAUUUUUAGA